UGGCCCGGGAGGGCCGGAUUCCCACAAUGCACCUUGCAUCAACACGGCGCUGGGGGCGGCUGCCAGGAGGUGCCGGCGGGUGCCCCAGGAAACCCCGGACGCAGCCGGAGGCGUAUCAGACGGGCCCCCGGUGGCAGCCAUGGCGGAGCUGGCACCUGCUCGGCCUGUUGUUUGGAAGAGAUCGCCUGACCCUGCACCUGGUUCUUCAGCACAGGAGGAAGCACCGCUCCAGCCCUCUGACUUCCUCCACGCUGCCCCCACAAGCAACGGAGAAAAGCUCCUACCUGGAGACCACAGAGAUCUCACUCUGGACCGUGGUGGCCGCCAUCCAGGCCGUGGAGAAGAAGGUGGAGUCCCAGGCCGCCCGCCUGCUGACUCUGGAGGGGCGGACGGGGACGGCCGAGAAGAAGCUGGCCGACUGUGAGAAGACGGCCGUGGAGUUCGGGAACCAACUGGAGGGCAAGUGGGCCGUGCUGGGGACCCUGCUCCAGGAGUACGGGCUGCUGCAGAGGCGGCUGGAGAACGUGGAGAACCUGCUGAGGAACAGGAACUUCUGGGUCCUGCGGCUGCCACCCGGCAGCAAGGGCGAGGCCCCCAAGGUGUCCAGGUCACUUGAAAAUGAUGGAGUCUGCUUUUCGGAGCAGGAGUGGGAGAACCUGGAGGACUGGCAGAAGGAGCUCUAUGCCAACGUGAUGAAGAGCAACUAUGAGACUCUGGUCUCUCUGAAGGUGCUCGGCCAGCCUGAAGGAGACAUGGAGUUGGGUGCAGAGAUGCCGGGUGACUUGGAGGAGGAAGAGUCUCAUGGUGGCCAACCAGCAGUGGAGGAGGUUGUGGUCAAGCAGGAGACACAGUACACGCAGGACAGCUCCGCGGACCUUCCCAGAGAGUGCUCGGGCUUUGCCAACGAGCAGGCUCUCCUGAGUCCGGAGCAGGCUGAGCUCUGGGAUGGGCAGGGCAGGUCCAUCCUCUUGGAAUCAGGUCCUGGGGACACUCGUCUGGAGGAGCCCACCGAGGGCGGGAGACACCCUGGCAGUGGCAGAACUCUGGGCUGCCCCCCGAAGCGCAAGUGUCACAAGCAGCUGCAGCCGGGUCAGGAGUGUGGGCAAGGCCUGCUGCUGAGAAGGGACAGCGCUGGCCCCUGCGGAUGUCCCGAGUGCGAGGCCUCACACCCGCAGACCCCCUCGGAGCCAGAGGCGAGGCCCCGGCCCCAGCUGAAGCCCCCAGCCCGGAAGGCGCAUCCGCUCCAGUGCGACGUGUGCGCGAGGAGCUUCCGCUGCCGGGUGAGCCUGCUGACCCACCAGCGCUGCCACCUGCAGGAGGCCGCCCGGGCCGGCCGCCCGGCCCAGGAGCGGUUCUCACCCAACAGCCUGGUCGCCCUGCCCGGCCACAUCCCCUGGAGAAGGAGCCGGGGCUCCCUCCUCUGCGGCUACUGCGGCAAGAGCUUCAGCCACCCGUCGGACCUGGUGCGGCACCAGCGCAUCCACACGGGCGAGCGGCCCUACAGCUGCCCGGAGUGCGAGAAGAGCUUCGUGCAGAAGCAGCACCUCCUGCAGCACCAGAAGAUCCACCAGCGGGAGCGGGGCGGGCUGGCCCUGCAGCCCGCCAGGCCCAGCGGCCUGCUCUAGGGGUGCCAGCCCCUCACCCAGCGGAGGGGGGGUGGGGGGAGCUGGCACUGUCCCCCAACAGACACCGCAGGGUUGGAGACUGACUUCUCCCUGAGGGGGCUCUCUCUGGUUUGCUUUCCGUGGCCAGGCACCGGGCCAAGCCCAGAGGCUGUCUUGAAAUCCAGGGGAGGCGGGGAGCCUGGGCCAGGCCUCUCCUGCCAUCUCUGGUUUCUGUCCGAGCAGAAAGUCACAGGCUGGGCGGGGCUGUCUGACCCUGCCGGCCGGGGGCCUCUCCCAGCCUCUGGGUCUUCCUAGGGGUUAAGUCCGAGUCGGAGGAGUGAGCGGGCGCGUGGAUGCACAGCCUCGUAGGUCCUCCUCUUCCGUGGUCUCCUGGUUCCGGACAAGUAGAGGAGAUAAUUAAAGGGAACUGCUUACCUUG